AUGCCGCAUAAAGAGGAGGACUUGAUGCACGGGGGUGGCGCGGGUAUUGGCGGGGGUAUGGUCGGACAGAACUCAAUAUUUGGGUGCUCGGCUGCAGGACACAGUGGGGUUAACCAGCUUGGCGGCGUUUACGUCAACGGCCGACCGCUGCCGGACUCCACGAGGCAGAAGAUCGUCGAGCUGGCCCAUAGCGGGGCCAGACCGUGCGAUAUAUCGCGCAUACUGCAGGUCAGCAACGGAUGCGUCUCCAAGAUCCUCGGCAGGUAUUACGAGACUGGCUCGAUCAAGCCGCGGGCGAUCGGCGGUAGCAAGCCGCGAGUGGCGACAACGCCUGUGGUCAACAAAAUCGCCGACUACAAACGAGAAUGUCCCUCGAUCUUCGCCUGGGAGAUCCGCGACCGACUUUUGCAGGAGGGCGUUUGCAAUAACGACAAUAUACCCAGCGUGUCGUCCAUUAACAGGGUACUCAGGAACUUGGCCUCGCAGAAGGAGCAACAGGCGGCCGCGGUGCAAGCGCAUCAGGGUGCCGAGAGCGUCUACGACAAGCUGAGAAUGUUUAACGGGCAAGCAGCAGGCUGGCCGCCAGCAUGGUAUUCGGCGACACCUCCCCAUCAUCCCCUGGCCACGGGAAUUCCAACCGCGGCGACUCCUGGAUCCGGCCAGACUCUUCUGCCCGGUAGCCAGCUUCACGGGCGUGACGAUUCUUUGUUAAAGCGAAGCGACACCGGGUCUCUAUUGUCGCACCAGCAGGAGACGACUUCGGACGGUAAUUCGGAGCACAACUCCUCUGGCGACGAGGACUCGCAAGUGCGGCUGAGGCUGAAGAGGAAAUUGCAGCGCAACCGAACUUCCUUCUCUAACGAGCAGAUAGACAGUCUCGAGAAAGAAUUCGAGCGGACACAUUACCCGGACGUGUUUGCACGGGAGCGUCUCGCCGAGAAGAUCGGAUUACCUGAGGCACGUAUCCAGGUGUGGUUCAGUAAUCGCAGGGCAAAGUGGCGUCGAGAGGAGAAAUUACGGAACCAGAGGAGGGCCGCCGUCGAUCAGGUGGUCGCCGGUGGCAGCGGGGGUAGCAGCGGCGCCGCGCCUCCCGCGGCCACCCCUGCUACGCCACGGUUGCCCUUAAACGCCGGAUUCAACGCCAUGUACUCGUCGAUACCGCAGCCGAUCGCCACCAUGCCCGACACGUACAGCUCGAUGUCAAGCAGCCUGGGCGGGUCAAUGGGUGGAAGCUGUCUUCAGCAACGCGCCGAGGGCUACCCGGCGUACGUGUUCCACGAGCCUCUCCACUCGCUCACGCAGUCUUACUCUCACGCGCACAGCGCGGCCGCGGCCGCGCACUCGCAACCGCAUCGCGGCAUCCCGACGUCUCACGGUGGCACCCCCACGACGCCAGGGGGACAACCAGCCGGACCAGGUGGGGCACCUUACCAGCCGACGACCUCGACCGCAACCGGAGUGAUAUCAGCCGGCGUCUCGGUGCCGGUGCAGAUUCCCUCGCAGACCCCGGACCUGGCGGGUAACUAUUGGCCGAGGCUCCAGUGA